CCAAAGUGCAUUACACAAAAGGAAUUGGUGUUGGGAUACAAUCAAGGCGAAAAUCAAUAACACACGUUCGUGAGAAAACUCUUUUUCUAACAUGACUUAAAUAAGAAUUACACCAACGACACAUUUUACUAUGGUCUGAAAAACAUAUUUACUUUGACAACCCGUCAGUGAAGACUUGCAUAUACUUUAUAAAGUGUUUUAUACAUACACACACACACACACACACACACACACACACACACACACACACACACACACACACACACACACACACACACACACACACACACACACACACACAAUUUAUCAACCAAACAACACGUACUCGUCUUUUUUAAGCAUUGAGUCUCUGUGUGGUCAAUCCCAAAAAUAAAACCGUAAAGAUAAUUUAAACAGGAUGUGAAGUGUGUGUCUGUGGCCUGUAUGAUAAUGUCAUUCCCUUCUACAGCUACCUGUGGCUUUCCUCAGAGUUUUGUUAAAUUAUGCUUGAGUUUGUCACACAGUCAAACUCACAAGCUUCAUCAUGGCUGGACGCCUGCUGUUUGUCAUCCUCGUGUAUUUCUUUCAAUUGUAUGAAGCACAAGCUCUUCUUCCACCAACACUGACAGUAUAUCCACCGAUGAUCAGGGAGACAGACUCAGUCACUCUGCACUGUCAGACUCCACCGUCUGUUUCUGUGUCUCAGUGUAAUUUCUACACUUUAAGUGGACACACUGUCAGAGUUUUCUCUUGUCUGAAGACACUGAGAGGAACUGAGCUGCUGGAGAUGUCACAACAGAGAUCACCUGCUGAGGUUCAAGUGAAAUGUUAUUACGCUGUAACGUUUGAAGGGUCAAAUUCUCCAUCUCCACACAGUGACACGUCCUCCAUCACCAUAUGCGCUCUUCCUCCACCAACACUGACAAUGAAUCCACCGGUGAUCACAGAGACAGACUCAGUCACUCUGCACUGUCAGACUCCACCAUCUGUUUCUGUGUCUCAUUGUUAUUUCUUCACUUUAAGUGGACACACUGUCAAAGUUUUCUCUUGUCUGAAGACACUGAGAGGAACUGAGCUGCUGGAGAUGUCCCAACAGAGAUCACCUGCUGAGGUUCAAGUGAAAUGUUAUUACGCUGUAACGUUUGAAGGGUCAAAUUCUCCAUCUCCACACAGUGACACGUCCUCCAUCACCAUACGCGAUCUUCUUCCACCAACACUGACAGUGAAUCCACCGGUGAUCACAGAGACAGACUCAGUCACUCUGCACUGUCAGACUCCACCGUCUGUUUCUGUGACUCAGUGUUAUUUCUACACUUUAAGUGGAGGAAGUAUCAGAGUCUUCUCUUGUCUGAAGACACUGACAGGAACUGAGCUGCUGCUGAUGUCACAGCAGAGAUCACCUGCUGAGGUUCAAGUGAAAUGUUAUUAUCGUGACAUGACUAAAUCUCCUGAGAGUGAUGUAUCCUCCAUCAUCAUUCAAACUCUUCUCCCACCAACAUUGACAGUGAAUCCACCGGUGAUUACAGAGACAGACUCAGUCACUCUGCACUGUCAGACUCCACCGUCUGUUUCUGUGACUCACUGUUAUUUCUACACUUUAAGUGGACACAUUGUCAGUGUCUUUUCUUGUCUGAAGACACUGACAGGAACUGAGCUGCUGGAGAUGUCACAGCAGAGUUCACCUGCUGAGGUUCAAGUGAAAUGUUAUUACUCUAUAAAAUAUGGAGGGUCAAAUUCUCCAUCUCCACACUGUGACACGUCCUCCAUCACCAUACACAAUAUUGUGGAAAACGAGUCAAGCACGACCCAGUCGAUUGCACCAUCAGAGGGUACCACAGCAGACAUAUGGAAGUUCGUAGCAGCUGUGGCUGGAUGUGGAGUUACUGUGGGCAUCAUCCUGCUGGUUUCUGCAAUUAUGUGUCCCCACCGAAGACCUGUGGCAGUUCCUGAUGAGGUGGAGACCAAAGUUGAAUAUUCCGAGACGUACCAUAUGUACAUAAUCCCUGAGGAGCCGGCUGAUCCAGACUUGAGCUGUAAAAUAUACAGCACGGUGCAGCUACACUGAAACGUUUAUACUGAACAGCAAGAGGAAGCAGGCAGUCUAAAAAAAACUGUUAAAAGAAAAGCAAACCAUGUGUCCAAAGUAAAUUUUAUAAUCCAGUAUAAUGUAAGACGAGUUAAAUGUUUGUAUUUUCUGUUUAAUGUUUUGUAUGCAGUUUUACAUCUAUGAACAAAAGUUUUAAAAAUGGGGAAAACCUCAAAUAUAUUUCUAUUCUACGGGAUGUAAUUUGUAAAA